AUGGAUUGGCAGUUAGAGGGUGAACUUUUGCCCAGGAGUGAUAUGGGCCCGCCCCCGGCCCCUGCUCUCUCUUCAACAGAACAACGGGGCCACGCGCUUCCUGUGGUGCAUUCUCUCCACGAAGCGCCCAUCUGGAAAGUGAAGUCUCUCCAACCAGCUGAAGUGCAAGCGGCGGAUUUACACCACGUAAUGCAGUCGGGGAUACAGGGGAAUUGUGGAAUUGGAGCCAAAUCAGCAGGAGUAUGGCUUCCCGGCCUGGGUCCUUGGGAGAAGGCAGAGGAAAGCAGGGCAAAAGGAGCAGCAUUGUAUAUGGUCUCCAUUCUUUUCUCCUGCCGACUUCUCUUGCUGCCUGAAAACAACGCAUCCCGUAGAGCCUUAUUCAGGAGCUUUGUACAAGCGUUCCCAGAGGUCUCCCCGGUGGAAGUGGAAAUGAUGUCCUCAGCGAUAUUCCCGUUGUUCAAAGGUGACAAAGAGAUCGACCGAUUAUGGAAUGGGAACUACGCCCAGUCGGGCCGACAUCCCCCAAGAAAGAACACCUCUCAAAGUUCAGCGCCUUUCUACCCUCCAGAACUACGAAUGGCACCUCCAGAUCAGGCACAUGUGUCCGUGCCUUCCUGUGGAUUCAUCAACAUUGUUGUAAACGAAGAUGAAGGUGAUGGAGUGGAAGAAACAGAGGAGGAAGGAAAGGAAAGCAACGCGGCCGAGACGAACUGGGUGGCGGUCCACAAAACCUCCCGGAAUCGAUGUGUGAGCAAGUCCAUCAUGGAAACCUUGUGGGCGACAUUUAAAGUGAAACAUCAUAUUAGGACCCCUGAAGCAAUAAGACUGGCUGGAGAUUUGGCUAUCUCUGUUUCACAGGUUACAGCCUGGUUCCGGCGCACCAGAAGGAAACACCGGGAAAUGGCCAAGGGCCAGAUGACGGCGACAGAAGUCUGCGCAGAUGAAGCUCCGCUUAAAACGGACUUCGAAGAGCCGUCACUUCUUUAUCUCCAGCGCCUUGCCCUGACACCAGCUCAGAGGGAUUCAUAAGUUCCACUGCCCCCGAUGCUCAGAAAGACAGUUUCACUGACUGUUCAGAAAUGCCACCUCCCCCAUGUCUCCAUGGGCAUUACGUUUGCAACCGUGUUGAUGGGCUGGGUUGUUCAGGACUCGGGUUGAGCUGGAGGAAGGAGCACGACACUGGUGGAAAGAGCAGAACUGGAUUCCAGUUCUUCGUCUACCUCAUACCUGCUGCCUGAUGUUGGGGAAGUCCCUUACCGUCUCUGUUCCUGUUGCCUCAUCUAUAUAUUGAGGAUAAGAAGCCUGUUCUUUCCACGAGCUCCGGCUCCCUCCCCUCCGCGGUGUUUUUCAUUCUGAAGAGGAGCCAGCAGAGUCCUGGCUGCAGAUGCCUAAACCGGGGCUGCCUCUUCGGCAGCAGUCAGAUCAAAGUUCAACUAUAUGCGAUUAAGUUUCAGAGAAAACCACGUGCACCCCCGUGUUCUACCUGGAUUCCUUCCUCCUAUAGUUCACAGAAAGUCUCUCCUCCCUCUUGCCCAACGCCACCCCCUUCUAGCCAUAUCGGGCGAUCUAGCAAUCCAAACGCCAAAAAUAUCAAACA